UCGCAGACCCCACAAGUAAUGAGCUUUCUUGCGUUUCUGAAGUAAAUGAAAAAAAAGCAGUAAAUGGUCACCUUCUCACACAGUCAGUCUCUCUCUCUCCCUUUCUCCCUGUAUUUAUAUUUGUCUCAGCAAGCUGUUCUAAAGAAAGAUAACAAAAAAAACAGAGCUUUGCUCAACAUGGUUUGAGUUCUUCCCUUUUCAGAAUCUUGAGCUUCCCUACUGUUAGAGGAAAUGGAGAAGAAGAUUUUUCCUUCUAGAAUUGUUUGGUUCACAUUUAUUCUGGCAUUCUUUCUACCUAAUUCUGAAGGGGCUUCUUCACCUUCCUCCUAUUUGAUUGGUCUUGGGAGCUAUGACAUAACAGGGCCAGCUGCAGAUGUGAAUAUGAUGGGAUAUGCUAAUCUGCAGCAAAUUGCAUCUGGGAUUCACUUCAGAUUGCGAGCUCGAACAUUUAUAGCUGCAGAGCCAAAAGGAAAUCGUGUAGUUUUUGUAAACCUUGAUGCUUGUAUGGCUUCCCAAAUUGUUACUAUUAAAGUACUUGAGAGACUAAAAGCAAGAUAUGGGGACCUUUAUACAGAACAAAAUGUUGCCAUUAGUGGUAUUCACACUCAUGCUGGCCCCGGAGGCUAUCUUCAAUAUGUUGUGUACAUUGUAACAUCUCUUGGAUUUGUGCGUCAGUCGUUCGACGUUCUUGUUGAUGGCAUUGAGAAAAGCAUUAUACAAGCUCAUGAGAAUCUUAGACCAGGAUCAAUAUUUGUGAACAAAGGAGAGCUCUUAAAUGCUGGUGUGAGCCGCAGUCCUAGUUCUUAUCUCAACAAUCCUGCAACUGAGCGAAGUAGAUAUAAGUAUGAUGUAGAUAAAGACAUGACUUUGAUAAAGUUUGUAGAUAAUUAUUGGGGUCCAGUAGGUGCCUUUAAUUGGUUUGCAACUCAUGGAACUUCCAUGAGCCGUACAAACUCGUUAAUUAGUGGUGAUAAUAAAGGAGCUGCAGCACGAUUUAUGGAGGAUUGGUUUGAACAGAAAGCUUCUAAAAAUCUGAACUUCAAUGAGUCUGGAAUUGACAGUGUCCCACGAAGGGUCUCAAGUUUAUUUCAGGAUCCCAACAUAGAUAGAAAUGAAUUAAUGAAACUUGCUGCCUCCUUUCAGUCUUCCCAAGGGCAGCCUGUGACAAGGCUUUUGAGUUCAUCUAAGAGGGUCAGGAAUGCUUUAAGGAAACCUGACAGGCCUCAAUUUGUAUCUGCAUUCUGCCAAUCGAAUUGCGGGGAUGUUAGCCCCAAUGUUCUUGGUGCAUUUUGCAUAGACACUGGAUUGCCAUGUGAUUUUGAUCACAGUACCUGCAAUGGCAAAAAUGAACUAUGUUAUGGUCGCGGUCCAGGAUACCCUGAUGAAUUUGAGAGCACUCGUAUAAUUGGAGAAAGGCAAUUUAGAAAAGCAGUAGAGCUGUUUGACACAGCAACUGAGAAGCUGAUAAGGAAGAUUAGAUACCGUCAUGCAUACAUAGACUUUUCCAGACUAAAGCUUUCAAUUCCUCAAGCAGGAGGGAGUGUUAAGGUAGUGGAAACAUGCCCUGCUGCAUUGGGCUUUGCAUUUGCAGCAGGAACCACUGAUGGGCCGGGGGCUUUUGAUUUCAAGCAGGGAGAUGAUCAGGGGAAUGCCUUUUGGAGAUUAGUGAGAAAUGUGCUGAGAACACCAACACAAGAGCAAAUCAAAUGUCAGCGUCCCAAGCCUAUUCUUCUUGAUACUGGGGAAAUGAAGGAGCCAUAUGACUGGGCUCCCUCAAUAGUUCCAGUUCAGAUUUUGCAGAUUGGGCAACUUGUCAUUCUCAGUGUACCUGCAGAGUUCACAACCAUGGCUGGCAGACGCCUUCGUGAGGCUGUCAAAACAGUGCUUAUUAAUGAAGGAAAAGGUGAAUUUGACAGAAACAUCCAUGUAGUCAUAGCAGGGUUGACUAAUACAUAUUCACAGUACGUUACAACCUUUGAGGAGUACCAGGUUCAGAGAUAUGAGGGAGCCUCCACUCUUUUUGGACCACACACACUUGAAGCUUACAUUGAAGAGUUCAAAAGUCUAGCCUCAGCUUUAAUUGGUGGGCAAACCAUUGAACCAGGGCCACAACCUCCAAACCUCCUCGAAAAACAAAUCAGCUUACUGCCUCCAGUUAUAGUGGACUUGACUCCUCCUGGUGUGAACUUUGGAGAUGUAAAAACUGAUGUCCCUCCAAAGUCCACUUUCAAGAGGGGUAGCAUGGUUUCAGUCACCUUCUGGUCUGCCUGCCCCAGGAACGACGUCAUGACUGAGGGCACAUUUGCACUGGUUGAGUAUAUGCAGGAUCACAUGACAUGGAGUCCAGCCUAUGAUGACGAUGAUUUCAGCCUUCGGUUCAAGUGGUCAAGACCCAAGAAACUUAGUCCUCAGAGCUAUGCAACCAUAGAGUGGAGGAUCCCAGAAUCUGCAGCUUCUGGUGUAUACAGGAUAAGCCAUUUUGGUGCUUCUAAAGCACUUCUUGGGUCAGUCCGCCAUUUUACAGGUUCUUCCAGCGCUUUCAUAGUGGCAUGAGGAGGCUGCAAAGCACAUAAAAGUCUUCAUUCAGUCCAUACUUUUCUUUGCUUAUUGUUUGGACCAACAAUGAUAUAUUCUUGUAGUUUAUUUAACAAAGAGAACACAGAAUUAUAUGGUCUUGCUUCUGGCACUGAAUCUAUUGUAGUUGCUGGAAUGAAAUCCAAAACUAGGAAAUCAACAAUAGAAAACUACCCUUUAUAUAUUUACAGGCAGGGAAUGAAUACUAGUCUGCUUCAUCAGAAAUAGACAAGCAUGCAAUGGAGAUUGUACUACUAAUCCAACAAAAAAAGUGGACUAAAACAAAUAAUAGUUGAUUAUAUUUGCUUGAUCAUUA